GUAGAGAGGCUGAUUGAGGAAAACCAAGGCUUAGAGUAGUUGAUAGUGGUAGAAAACAAGAUUCAUAUAUAGUUUACAGAAUAGCAUAAGCAAGCUAGGAAUUUAUCAAAGAUGUCUUCAAUGUUGGAUGUUAAUGAGUCCAUCAUUGAUGGGUGUUGGUAUUAUGGUUCUCUCGUCAGUCCAAAGAAGAGCAUUGAUCAGUAUGGUCCUAAUGAGCAUACUGAUAUUGAUCAUGGCAUUGCUGAAGAUGAAAAGCCCAAGUCCAAGCAACCCAUUGCAAGGACUAAACAAAUAUUGAGAGAAGAAAGUAGUAAUGGUAGUAGUCCAUGUUUUGAGGACUCAAGAGAUUUUGAUUCAGUUAAAAUCUCUGAGGAAGAUGCAGAAAAGGAGGCUGAGUGUCUUGCAAGUAUGUUUAGAGCAUUGGAUGAAGAUGGUGAUGGAAGAGUUAGUUCAGAUGAGAUAGUGAGGUUUUUAGAGAGAUUAAGUCUGGAAAUGCCCAAAGAGGAGGUGGAAUUGGCUGUGAGAUCAGUGUCUGCAUGUGGUGAUAAUUUUCUGACUGCAAUUGAGUUUGAUGAGUUUUAUAGAAUCCUAUUUGCAGAAAAGGAAGGGGAAGCUGAAAAUCUUAAGGUUGAAGAGAAGGCAAUCUGUGACGCAUUUAAUGUGUUUGAUCAAAAUGGAGAUGGGUUUAUCAGUGCAAUGGAGUUGGCUGAUGUUCUCUCCAGAUUGGGUUUUGUGGAGGGGAAAGAUUUGAGUUGCUGCGAGAGCAUGAUCGAGAGUGUAGAUUAUAAUGGAGAUGGGUUUGUGGAUAUUCAUGAGUUUAGACAUUUAAUCACCAGAACUACUUCUGGUGCUAAUCCUUGUCUCCAAUGCGUUGCUGCAGUCUAAUGGCACACAAUAUUUAAUAGCUAGAAUAAAUAUCUAGAGAGUUAUUAAUCAUCUGUCUCUUACUGCAAUGGUAUUGCAAUGAAAUUAUUCUCUGGUGAUAUAAUUUCAAAUGUAUGCCAUGGUAUGUGGUAGAGAAUUCUGUAAUUCGGGAGGAAGCAACCGUGUACCUCUCCAGUUUUGAUAUAUCACUUUCUAUGUUUGUCUUGUGUAAUUUAGUAAGCCAGAAAGAAACUUUGUGGGACUAAAAUAAAUUUUGAGAAUUUUCUUCUAUUA